GCACAAGCGGAGCAGACGUCGUUUGAGAUUGGGUUGGAUCGAGUUCCAACGUUGAGUUCUGUGCGCACAGAGAAUCGGACCAUCGACGUGUUCCAACAUAAUCAAGUUUCAUUUUGGACCAUUACUUCGGUGUCGAGUCGUUAGCCAUAGGGUGAGGUCAAAAUCGCCACCUUGUUAUCUCUGAUUGAUCUCAAGUUUGCUGAUUACCGAGUGGGACCAACUCUGUCGGGUAUGGUUCAAAUCUUCCGGUUCCUUCUUGUUGCCAUCCCCAAACGAUUGUCCGUUUGAGUCCUUCGAAAUCUGAGGGACGUCUUUUUUCCACCACGCACACGAGAAGAAGGGCGAGAGAAAAAAAAGGCUAUCUAAACAUUACACCUACGCACAGAACAACUCGAACACUUUCCUUUUUCUCGCCGUCUCCAUUCACGGUCGUGGAAAAACGGGAACCAUUCACCAAAGGACUUUGAAUCUGGAGCGCCAUAAAGCCUCCAUCUUCGACAGCUCGACGGACUGAAUCUGCCAAAGAGUUGGUUCAGACUGGAAUCCCUUGCCAAAGCUUGACAGUUGGAAGUGAUCUCUGGCCAAGAAAACGUCCGUCUUCUUGGCACUUGGCACAGAACAAGUGGUUGUUGAUACUCCCGCUCUUCCCAGAGCUCCAGUGGCCUUUUCAGCGACCACUCAGUCUACCAACUGGCUCGUUGCGACCCUCUGGUCCCUCGUUCCUUCCCUCGUUCGCCUGUGAGCGAGUAGGUCGAUCCUUGCUAACCCAGGGAUUUAGGAACUGGACCAACGACAACGGAAGUGGGAUUUUUUGCCAAUCACCAAUUGAUUUGCUCUUCUUCUCGUGCUCCUCAAUCAAACCCUUGGCCAACUUAUUUUCCCGGGCAUUUAAUACCCCAGGAGGCUAUUGGUAGGGAACAAAAAUAUUUGGGCAGUGUUUUCAUUCUUCAAACCAAAUGAUCAUCAUCAUUGCCAGACCCACGAGGGGAUGAACACUUGAACAACAACAACAACAACAGCAACACAAGGAGGGAAGUGCCCACGACAAUAGACACAAAGAUAGACCCUUAGAGCCCAACUCUUUCAAGCCCGGAUCGACUAUUGUGACUUGAAACCACCGCAUACCCUACACUACCAAUCCAUCGUGUCCACCGUGCAUGUGCAAAUUACAGUUACAACUAGCGACAUGUCUACUUUGAUGAUGCCCGCCGCCACCAUGACCACAAUGACGAACACAAGCCCCAUUGCUGUGACUCAGCCCAAAGCUGGGGCGAACACAGUGGCCGCAGUGGUGGCCGCCUCGGACCCAACCGCCGCCAAAAUGGGUAUCAUUAACAACAAUAAGCAAGAUCAUUAUGCCAUAUUUGUGGGGGACCUGAGUCCCGAAGUUGAAACACACCACCUUCGUGACGCAUUUGCAACCUUCGGUGAAAUCUCGGAUUGCCGCGUGGUUCGAGAUCCUCAAACGCUCAAAUCUCGAGGUUACGGGUUUGUGUCCUUCGCCACGAAGAUCGAAGCUGAGAACGCCAAGGCAGUGAUGAAUGGUCAAUGGCUGGGAUCACGAUCCAUCCGAACCAAUUGGGCCGCCAGAAAACCACCCUACAAUCGCAAUGAUGCCAAUGCCAAGCCGCUUACCUUCGACGAAGUUUACAAUCAGUCCAGUCCAACGAACUGCACCGUGUACUGUGGGGGUAUCGCCAAUGGAUUGUCCGAAGAGCUUUUGCAGAAAACCUUUGCACAUUUUGGAUGCAUUCAGGAGAUCAGGAUCUUCAAGGACAAGGGUUACGCCUUCAUUCGGUUCUCAACCAAGGAAUCCGCAGCUCAUGCAAUUGUGGCCGUGCACAACACCGAUGUGAAUGGCCAUACGGUGAAAUGUUCAUGGGGAAAAGAGUCUGGAGAUCCGAAUAACCUCUCUGCAAACAGCCAGCUCUCUCUACCCCAGUUGAUUCCCGGUGUCCCGUAUGGCAUUGCUGCAGGUACAGCACCCCACAUGGCGGCUGCCACGGCGGCCGGAUUCUAUUACCCGCAACAGGUGGCCGCCCAAGCCGCCACCAAUUAUCUGCAAGGGAUCCAAGGAUAUGCCUACAAUAUUGGAGCUUCCUUCCCGCAAGGGUACAUUAGCGGUCUCCCGACUGGAAUUCAGGUGGGCGCAUCUUAUGGUAUUCCCAGUCCGACGUCGGCCGCUGCAGCCGCCGUGACCGCUGCAGCUGCCGCUCAAAUUCCUCCCAGCCAACAGGCUGCCUUGGCGGCUCAGGGAGCGGCCUUACAGCCGGGAGUCAUGACGGGUCCCUAUCCAGGUGCGGCGACCAUGCAGCAAUUCCAGACUACUGCAGAUGAUAGGAAUAGCUUAAUGAAAAGACACGCCCCCAACCAUCACCAUCACCAACACCAUCACAAUGCCUACGAGUGGCUAUGAAGCACUGAGCGGAUAAAAAGAGCGAGAAUCACGAUAGCACAAUUGAAAAGCGAGUACGAGUGACCACCAGCAUUGCCGCCUCCACCACCACCACCACCACCUCCACCACUACCACCUCCACGAAGAAGAAGAAGAUGAUGAUGAUGAUGAUGAUGAUGGUGAUGAUGGCGAUUUUAUGAAGAUGAUGAUGAUGACAAUAACCACAACAUCAACAGCAACAAAAACGACGUGUGAGAAGAUACCGGGUGCGGACUUACAUAUGAUGAGAACGUAACAGUUUGUAAGAUAUAUGCAUAAGUCAGCGAACCCAUCCACAAAUAUAUACAAGAAAACUACACAAAAAUAGCGUAAAAUACUACUACCAUUACCACCACUUGCAACAUUAUUGCAAAUAGUACUGAAAACCAUUUUCUUAAGGUGGGCAAAGAAGCAAGUGAAAAUGGAAAAUCUAAGUCAAAUGAAUACUUCAUCCCAAAAAAUGAUGAAUGAAACGCCCUCCUUCAUGCGAGUAUACAACCUAACCCUAAACACACACACACACACACGAAUCUGUUACCUACAUUGAGCAACGUAACCAUUAUUACCAAUGAUAUCCAAAAUAAUGCCUUUCCCACCCACCCGGUCCGACUCCGCCCUUCAUUCAAAAAACAACCACCACCACCACCAAUACCAACACCACCAAAGUCGUUCAAUUUAGCUGAAGAAGUGCCAAGUUUUGUAGUCAAAGAAAAAGAAAUAUGCGAAGAAAACCAAACCAACUAAAUACUUUAUUUCCCCACCCUGCCCCUCUGUCAAGGGAAGUGCCCCGAUGCAAAUGGGUUGCUCGUUCCAAUGCUCGAUGCCUGAGCUAAUCGGUGACCCCCUUGACCGAACCCCCAAAAGAGCAACCCAAUGUGGGUCAUGUCCCGUGGGGGGCGAGCCGCAACUUUGCAGUAUAAAAGUCUUGUCCCCGCCUCAAAGAAAGACGCUCUCGUCAUCGGUUUAGACCAGACAAUCAAAAGCAUCGAUCCCCCAAAUCCUUGUCGAACAUUUGAUGAAUGUUGAGGAUCUGUUUGUCCCACACCGCCCUCCCUGUCCGCUCCACCAGCUUCACACCACCCCGUUAUCUCUUGUUGAACAUGUUCCAAGUACUUACGUACGCACGUACUUGAAUGGCCGUUCGUUCGACCCUGCGCUCCCGUGAAUGAUGAUACAAAAACACGACAAAAUAUAAAUGGGACAUAUGCUUUAGAACCAAUUGCGCGAGGCUCUGGGUCAAUACAAAAAAUGAUCCCAACCUCCUUGUUACGGUGUGGAAACGGAACGCAAUGCCAUGUCUCUUUGGAUCUAGACGUUGUUGCACCCAGAGAAACCAACCCAACAACUAACCACUCACCAACCACCAACCAACCCAAUGUGAUAUCUGUGCACUAGGAACUGUUUUCGCCCCCUCACACAGAUCCAUUUAGAUCCUCCAAAUCUGCCGCUGUCCAGGGAGCUCUUGUUAAUUGGUAGAAUCACAUAUCCAGUCAAAAAUGCGUAAUUUAAAAACGAAAUAACACAAGCAAGAACGAGCCACAAACUACAAACUGAAAUUCUCGAACGCAUGCACUGGAAAAAGCACCAUCUCCAAGCACAGAAUUCCCCGCUAUACCACCCAUGUCUGUCCCACCCAUUCUGACCCUCGGCCCUGAUGAUUCUGCCCAUGUCCCCCAACCACACCCAAUCUCAUAGGUCCCUGAACGUAUCCAGUAAAUGACUAUGUAACAAACCCAAUAAUCCUGAGCUGCAUCAAAGAAACAGCAGUAACACCAACGAGAAGGGACAAAAUAGCACUGACAUAAUAAUGAGUAACAUGAUAUGCUAAGUAGACGUAAGUGU